AACAAACAGAGGUUGGAUCGGAUAUUGGGAAUGUAGUGUGACGGGUGCCAUAACCCCAUAACAUAGACCGACCCGGUUGAAGAGACGAAGACCCCAGAAAGAUCCUUUCACCUGAAACAUAAACUGUGACUUCAACAACAAAUCAAACAACUUUAUAAAGAGGAAUGUUGAUCUAAGAAUACAGUUGAGCUUUCAUCACUUCAACAAUUCUACAUUCUGUUUAACCAACGAAAUGAGGCCCAACAUUGUUUCCGAGGCUAGUGUAAGUACUCGGGUUAAUCAAUGGUGGGAAGGGAUUCCAUUCAUCACAUCUGCUGUGGUUGCUGUUUGUGCAGCCAUCUACUUGGUUUGCCUUUUGAUUGGUUAUGACUCAUUUGUGGGGAUAUGCUUUUUGCCUUCUGCAAUUAUAUCACAGUUUCAAGUUUACAGGAUAUAUACCUCCAUUUUGUUUCACGGUUCAUUCCUACAUCUCUUCUUCAAUAUGUUAGCAUUAGUUCCUCUGGGUUCUGAGCUGGAAAGGAUCAUGGGAUCUGUACGCCUUUUGUACACGGUGCUGUUAUUGGCUCUAAGCAAUGCUGUACUUCAUCUUCUUAUUGCACUGUUGGUAGCAUACAACCCAUUUUACCCUUACUCAUUUCUUAUGAAUGAGUGUGCCAUAGGCUUCUCAGGAAUUCUCUUUUCUAUGAUUGUCAUAGAGAGUAGUUUGAGUGGAGUUCACUCCCGAAGUGUGUUUGGGCUCUUCAAUGUGCCUGCUAAAUGGUAUCCCUGGAUCUUGUUGUUGGUCUUUCAGCUACUCUUGACUAAUAUUUCGUUGCUCGGGCAUCUUUCUGGCAUUUUAUCUGGGUUUGCUUAUACUUAUGGGUUAUUCAACCUUGUAAUACCUGGAACUUCUUUCUUUUCUGGCAUUGAGAAUUCAACAUGGCUUUCAGCUUGUGUGAGGCGACCCAAGUUCAUUUUAUGCACAGGUGGGAACCCUUCAGGACACAUACCUACAUAUACUAAUCCGAACUCCACUUCGAGUGGCUCAGCUACUACAAAUCUAUGGAGUCAUCUGUCUUCAUUGAUGCCACAGAGGGAUACCUCUUCUCAGUCAACAGACUCGACACAAGAUACCCGCUUUCCUGGUAGGGGGAGGACUCUUGGCGCUCCGAGAAGUGAGAUGAUUCCUGGCAUAGCCUCUGAUUCAAACUUGCAGACCAGGCUUCUGGACAAUGCUAACUCAAACAGUCGACCAGACAUGACAGCAAUAAAUUCAGGAGGUGAAAGGCCGCCUGCUGUAAAUAGUGUUACAGAGCCAAUCAAUUCUCUGCAGCAGCAACAGGCUCUCAUUGUAUCUGAAGAAGACAUCCAAAAGCUUGUCUCAAUGGGAUUCGAUAAGACGCAGGUUGAAGUCGCCCUAGCUGCAGCUGAUGGAGAUUUGGAUGUAGCUGUCGAAAUUUUGAUGACACAACAGGGAUAAAACAUUCACGGAUUUACCCAUAGGCUAACUUCCUCAAAGACCGAUGCCUUUAAUCAGAAUUUUGUGUACUUGAACUUCAGUGUGUGGAGGGCAUAUGUAUAGUUUGUGUAUUUUUUUUAUAUUUUUUUUAAUUAUAAUUUCGGCAUCGGAGAAAGUUGAAAACAAUCAAAGGCACAAACUUCCUGUUAACUAUGAAUUAACUGGUUCUAUUUGUUCAAUCAAGCCACUUAGGCACAUAAGUUUAUAGUGAGUAUGCAAAUUUACUGGUAUGUGUGAAGAAUCUUCUGCAACUUCUUGGAUUUCUUGCUCAAAUGUCACAGCCUGCAGUUUGCUUUUAUGCCGAGAAUGAUAUAAUCAAUCACCAUGAGGUUGAUCUAGUA